CCGCCCCAUCCGGCUCCGUGACUGGCAUCCCCCGGCCUCCAAUCGGAGGUCCUGUUGGGAGGAGCUGCAGGGCCAGUUCAUUUUGGCGGUUCAAUUUCAACAUGGCUGAGGUGAGCCAAGAUAGCGAGGCUGCGGAAAGGGGGCCUGAGGGCUCCUCUCCGGAAGCUGUGCCAGGGGACGCGACCAUCCCCAGGGUGAAACUCCUGGACGCCAUAGUAGACACUUUCCUCCAGAAGCUAGUCGCCGACAGGAGCUACGAGAGGUUCACCACCUGUUACAAACACUUCUACCAGUUGAACCCUGAGGUGACGCAGAGGAUCUAUGACAAGUUUGUGGCUCAGUUGCAGACAUCCAUCCGCGAGGAAAUCUCAGAAAUCAAAGAGGAGGGGAACCUAGAAGCUGUCCUGAACUCCCUGGAUAAGAUCAUAGAAGAAGGCAGAGAGCGCGGAGAGCCAGCCUGGCGACCCAGUGGAAUCCCAGAGAAAGACCUGUGUAGUGUCAUGGCACCCUACUUCCUGAAGCAACAGGAUACCCUGUGCCAUCAAGUUCGGAAACAGGAAGCCAAGAACCAGGAACUGGCUGACGCGGUCCUGGCCGGGCGCAGGCAGGUGGAGGAGCUGCAGCAGCAGGUUCGGGCCCUCCAGCAAACAUGGCAGGCUCUACACAGAGAACAGAGGGAGCUGCUGUCAGUGCUGAGGGCGCCCGAGUGAACAGCCGCUGGGCUCCAGGGCCCAGCCCUAUAGAGCGCCUGUGGAGCCAGUUUCCAGGCAGUAAUGGAGUCCCCACCACCGCUUAGGUUCUGCUGGGGCCACACUGCCUUCAGAUUCCUGCCGCCAUCUUCUGCCUGCAGGAUUGGGACUCCCAUCCUGGCAUCAGACACCAGGCUUUGUCUUCGGGAGUUGCAGCCAGCGCUGCCCCAUGCCCUUCUGAUCCCCCCCCCUCCCCGGAUAGGAUUUGGGCAGGGUUUCAGUCUCCACUGAUUGCCGCCUUGUUCUCCCUGACUGAUUGCUGCCUUGCUGGCUAGCCCAAGGGCCCUGCCAUGUUCUCCCCACAUCCGUAAAUAAACUUCCUUUCCCACACUGUAA